AUGCAGAAGCUAAAAGAGACGCCUCUCUUGUGUCAGGUGCGGCGUUAAAAUGACUUCCACGUUUUUGGCGAUCGUUCUUUUGGCAGCCAUUUGUAAUGUUGCAACAACUGACGGAGGAAUUGAAGAUGAAGAUUACGCCUUCGAUAACUGGGGUACUGCAGAGCACAAGCCGUCCAUAUGGAGUACCGCAACAGAGAGAACCACGACAGAUGAGCCUGCAGAACAUCAUUCUUCAAGCACGAAACACAGCGGACACAGCGGGACAUCCCAGUCAACUUCUUCGCCCGUAUCCGCCGAGUCCACGACUCCAGCACCUUACACGUCGCCCGUGUCAACUACAGAACAUGCAUCAUCAACACAUUACCCCACAAAGAGUAGCAGCACAACUGGUACAGUAACGGGACCUCAAACUCAUCCCUCCGCAAGUAGUUCAACACCAACGAGCUAUCCGACGCAAGAGGUGCACUCGACGUCGGAGGGACACUCGACGCCAGAGGCAACGACGUCGGAGGGACACUCGACGCCAGAGGCAACGACGUCAGGGGGACACUCGACGCCAGAGGCAACGACGUCAGGGGGACACUCGACGCCAGAGGCAACGACGUCAGGGGGACACUCGACGCCAGAGGCAACGACGUCAGGGGGACACUCGACGCCAGAGGCAACGACACCAGGGGGCAGCCAAACGACAGAAACGGCUUCACCAACAGCGUCCCCAACUACCAGCGGGAAUGUCACGGACACACCUACAACCACCAAGCCGCCUAGCGCAGCUGGCCUCCCGUCCUCCUGCCUGCUCCUGGUCGGCACCUUCACUUCCCUGAUUAUGCUGUUGUCCUAAACACCAUACUAGGAUAUGUUUCUGUCAAUAAACUACAUAAUCAUCACCA